UUCGGCCUGGCAGUGACACCGCGCGAGCGCCAAGACGAAGACAAAUUAGGGCUCCGGAGACGAGCGAGCCUCCUCUUAUCGUCUCGGCGUCGUGAGUGUGGCCGGCAGCAGCGACCGUCGUCAUGCAUUCUCUGGCAACGCGCGCGUGCCUUACGGCUCUCUUCACGACUGCAUACGCAUUACCCGUCAACGAGAAGGCGUCACCAUCGACACCAUGGCCUGAUGCGUGCCCCGAGCCAUACGUGCGAGAAUCGGAGGCGUUCCUGCGCGAGAUCGUGUCAAGAUUGGAGUCCAUCUUACCGGACAGCAUACCCGUGCCCGAUGUGUCCUGUCAGGAGUACACUCUCUUCAAUGGCACACUGUCCCCUCUGCACUUGACUGCCGUCAACGUGAUCGAAGAGGAGGCCAUGUGCCAGAAGAGUGAACGCCAUUUUCCGUUCACAAUUUCAGUGAGCAAGAUGGACGGCACGUACGAGUACAUCCACAGAGGGUCCAACGACACAGACCCUGAAGACCGUGGUCACGUUGGAAGUCCUUUCUCCGGUGCUUAUAUGCGGGGCACUCUGAGCCAGAAGAUGCAGGCAGCCAGCGGAGACGGAAAUGGCGUGACGUUGACGCGACCCGAAUUCUGGCCCAUGAGGAUUACGCUGGGAAACUUCAUGUCCUACCCGAACAUCCGCAGCUACCCGAUGAAGCGCCAGAGUAGCGGAGCAUCGUACGGCCAGAUGAAGUGGGCUGCAAAAAGAACUUUCUAUCCACUGUUCAUAUGGCUUCCGGAAACGCAUGUGUUGCCCGCUCUGCGUCAAGCGUACGGGGGAAGGCUGAUUGCUCACGUUGGGAAAAAAUAGGUGAUGUAACGGCACCGCAGUGACAAAGCAUGCUUUCAUGAUCGAACACAUGAAUUCUGAAUCUAAAAAAAAAGUGGUCGAAGUUUGGAAGUUUUUUCUGCCUGGGAAAUCGAACGGGCCUUGAUAUUUUCCCCGUUUUGACUAACGCCAAGUGCCGGAGUGUCUCUCUCUUCGAGACGCUUAUUAAACGAGUGCAAACAGCGUGAUUAGGGCUAGCUAAAUUAUUAUUUUGCGCUAAUUUUCAUAACGGUGGCCAUUUCCAUAUGCGCCCUAGUGUUACUUUUAACGGAAAGUAACAGCCAUAACGGUUGUGACAUUUAGAAAAACAAUUCGUCAAACAUAAGGGUUAUGUCAGAAAGGCAAAAGAAAGAAUUGAGUGAAGUUAAUGUGGACACAAGACAUAUAGGCAGUUCUAGCAGUUCACAAUGCGAAGUGGGCUAUCACGAGGCAGCUAACGUGAAAUACACAGUGACCAUGCGCGUCUUACAUGAUGGCUACCUUAGCAGCUGCGAAAGACACUCAGGAGCGUUUUGAUUGUGUAGUCAGCAUGGCAGCGGCUGAACUGCCGACUAUGAAACAGUGUGCGCUCGCUACUUGAGGCUACUUUUUGAGAGCUUACAAAAAAAAACGAACAAUGUGACUCAUUCCUCAUUUUUUUAUCCGCCAUUUUUUUGGGGGAAGAUACCGAUAACUGCGAUAGGCAGUUCAUUAGGGCGUUAGCUCUGUGAAGAAGCCGCAGCAAGUUACAAGAGUUUUUCGGUUAAUAGGAGCACAAUCACAUCACUUCAUUUGCAUCAGUGAGGUAUUGACACGGUGUAAUGACCUAAUCAGAUACUCAUUACUCGCAACUUCAUUAACCUGCUUUUAUGCUUUUGUAUGGUUUACCAAGACACUUCGGCCUCGGAAAGUAGGUGCCACAAUAGCCUGGCGGAAAGACGCAUGUGUCAUCUUCCGAAUGUCAGAUUUUGUGUUGACCAUUGACGCAUAAUGAAAAGAUAAAAAGCACUAAUAUUCCUUGACACGAUUACCUCGCUCAGAUCAAUAGUACGAGUCGUGUAAGAAAUUAAACUGAAUCUCAUUAGAAAGCAUAUUGCGUGCAAUUGAAAGCGAGCACACACAUGACACUCUUUGGAUGUAGGUUUCUCAACAGCACACUAUGUGUGCGUCACCGUCAUGUGACUACCUGAGCACAACACAAAUGGAGAGGGUGUUUGUUAUUAAACACAAUGUUUUUAUUUUUUAUUUACAGAUACUGCGUUCUGUUCCAAAAUCUUAGCUGGACAAUUAACACAAAAAUGCAAACAAUUUAACACACAUAUAUUGCAGGCUUCUUUCAAACAGUUGUAAGCGUUCAAAAACAAAAAACACUUAUAACAAACAGGUGAAUUAGCACGAAGAUAUUAAUACCAUAUUCAGGUGUUAUUAAUACAUGGCCAAAGGCUUUUGAGAAACUACACUGGAAUUAAGAUUAUUCCAGUCCGUUACAGUCCGGAAAAAAUAUUUAGAACAGUUAUUUCUCGUGGAAAAGGGAACUAUGGUUAAAGCAUGCCUUUGCCUUGUUUCACAACCUGUUGAGAAAGAAAAAUAACUCGAAGUGUGGACUUUAUAAUAACCAUUUACGAGCUGAUGUAUAAAUUUCAUACGGCAGACAUGGUUGCGCUCCAUCACCACUGCGUUGUCCACUGCAUUUAAUUAGGAUCUUAGGUAGCAAUACCCUCCCGAUGUACUUUUAUGCGCUGGAUUCACAGGGCGAGUGUGAAAGCAGUAUUAUAUGCAUUUUAGCUCAUGGUGUCGCAUAAAACAGCCUCUGUAUUGCAUAGAGUUAGCUUGCAAAAAUAGCGGUUCUUCUUACAAGUACAAACAAUACUAUGGGAUAUACUUCUAUUAUUGCCAUCCUCAUUUUCUUCGUAUCAUACCUGCUUUGAAUAAGCAAAUUGAGCUUUUUGAAGGCCAUGCUGCAAGGAACGUGAGAUCUAUAACUUAUUUGAGAAUGUUUAACAUUAAUAGAAUGUGUCUGUUGUUAGUAGAUGUGUCGUAAUAGGUAGCCUAGUAUUUGCAUAAUUUUGUUUUCAUUCUUCAAGGCUUUGUGUCACCUAAUAAAGACGUCAAAGGCAUA